GCGGGGCGGCGGUCUGGGCGCGCCCACUGCGCGGCGUCCCCCGCGCCCCGCGCCCCCCGGCGACUGCGGAGAAGGAGCUCCCCGGGCCGCCCGCAGCCCCGGUGAUCCCGGGCACAGCCCCGCGUCGCCACCAUGUCCGUGGCCUUCGCGUCCGCCCGCCCGCGCGGCAAGGGGGAGGUCACGCAGCAGACCAUCCAGAAGAUGCUGGACGAGAACCAUCACUUGAUUCAGAGCAUCUUGGACUUCCAAAGCAAGGGCAAGACAGCCGAAUGCACGCAGUACCAGCAGAUCCUGCACCGGAACCUGGUGUACCUGGCCACCAUCGCGGACUCCAACCAGAAUAUGCAGUCCCUGCUCCCUGCGCCACCGACCCAGAACAUGACCCUGGGUCCUGGUGCCCUGACACAGAGUGGCCCUGGCCAGGGCCUGCACGCCCAGGGCAGCCUCAGCGACGCCAUUGGCUCAGGCCUGCCCCCCACCUCCCUCUUGCAAGGCCAGAUUGGCAACGGCCCCAGCCACGCGUCCAUGCAGCAGACGGCGCAGAGCACGCUGCCCACCACCUCUAUGAGCAUGUCAGGAAGCGGCCACGGCUCGGCGCCCGGCUACAGCCACGCAGGACCCUCCUCGCAGAGUGUCCCCAUGCAGGGGCAGGGCCCCAUCAGCAGCUACGUGUCCCGCAGCAAUAUCAACAUGCCCUCUAACCCAGUUUCCAUGAUGCAUCAGCAAGCAGCCACAUCGCACUACAACUCGGCGCAGGGUGGCAGCCAGCACUACCAGGGCCAGUCGUCCAUCGCCAUGAUGGGCCAGGGCGGUCAGGGCAGCGGCAUGAUGGGGCAGCGGCCCAUGGCACCGUACCGGCCGUCCCAGCAAGGUUCUUCCCAGCAGUACCUGGGCCAGGAGGAGUACUACAGUGAGCAGUACAGCCACAGCCAAGGCGCCUCGGAGUCCAUGAACCAGCAGUACUACCCAGACGGCCAUGGUGAUUAUACGUAUCAGCAGUCAUCCUACACGGAACAGAGCUACGACCGCUCGUUCGAUGAGUCUACUCAGCACUACUACGAGGGGGGAAACUCCCAGUACAACCAGCAGCAGGCUGGCUACCAGCAGGGCACUGCCCAGCAGCAGGGCUACUCUGGGCAGCAGUACCCCGGCCAGCAGAGCUACCCUGGGCAGCAGCAGGCCUACGGGCCUGCCCAGGGAGCACCCUCACAGUACUCCGGCUACCAGCAAGCCCAAGGCCAGCAGUACGGGAGCUACCGAGCCUCACAGACGGGACCCUCCGCCCAGCAGCAGCGGCCCUAUGGCUAUGAGCAGGCAAGCUUCCCGGGGUCCCCAGGCAUGGCCAUGCACCCCGUAUGUCCAGGCGUGCGGACGGUCACACUGAUCGGCUUGGGAGGGUUUGAAGUCUUGUUUUCUGGCCAGUAUGGAAACUACCAGCAGUGA